AUGAGCUCUCGACUUGUUUCAAGUGAUGCAACUACCAAGGUCGAUGCUCCUUUUCGCGAAGCUGUUGGUGCGUUGAUGCACCUGACCACUGCAACGCGUCCGGACAUUGCGUUUGCUGUGGGCUAUGUGUCGCGGUUCAUGGAAAAUCCCCAAGAAGAACACUGGGUUGCAGUUAAGCGUAUCUUUCGCUACCUACAAGGCACCAAGACGCAUGGAAUUUGCUACAAGCCAAGUGCAAGGAUCGACUUCCGUGGAUAUUCGGAUGCGGAUUGGGCUGGUGAUCUUACCGACCGCAAGUCAACAUCGGGGUACACGUUCAUGCUACUCGGUGCGCCAGUCAGUUGGGGCAGCAAGAAGCAGCCAAGUGUUUCGUUGUCCACGAGUGAAGCCGAAUACAUCGCACUCAGCUUGGCGAUUCAAGAGGGCAAGUGGAUUCAUCGUCUGCUUUGUGAGAUCGUGAUGGCUGCCAACGAAGAAGGACCGGAACUCAUGAUUCAUGAAGACAAUCAGUCAUGUAUCAAGAUGACGAAGAACCCAGUCAACCACGGCCGUGCCAAGCACAUUGAUAUCAAGUACCAUCACAUCCGUGAUGAGGUCAAGCGCGGUGAAGUGAAGCUCAAGUACUGUGAAACUGCGGUGAUGUUAGCGGACAUCAUGACGAAGGGACUUCACGGGCCACGCCACAAGGAGAUGACGACGGCUCUCGGGAUUCGUGAGCAUUCGGAUUGA